AUGGCGCUUGACUGUGUUGAUUAUAUGGAUAUUGAUGACGAAUGGACGCUGAAUAGUAUAACCACACAAAUUAUAGAAUUUCGUGACGCUGCCAAAUCUUCCCUUGUUCCUCCCGCUGAGCAAAGUAAUAAAGGUGUCAACUCAAAACGUAUAUUAUUUCAGUCACUACCACCGGUUACGAAUCAUUCAUUUCAAUCGAUAAUUGUCGUGGAUACGAAUUUCCUUCUCUCUCACCUGGCUUUUGUCAAAUCAUUGAUAUAUGAACACGCCAAACUAAAUAAUCUCGUUAUCAUCGUACCAUGGAUUGUACUGCAAGAAUUGGAUGGUUUAAAGGGUUGUCCUAAGAAACAACAUAAUAAUAACUCUCAGCCAGCAUUAUCAACCCUGGCUCAGACGGCCAUUAAUUUUUUGCAUAACUGUUUAUUGAAUGGUCAGGAAGGCGUACGUGGACAAAGACUUGAUGAGAACGUGGAUAAAGCCGAGAAAAAUGAUGAUAAAAUUCUAGACUGCUGUAGAUACUUCAAAUUAGAAGCCAGAUGCCCUGUAACUUUAUUAUCAAAUGACAAAAAUCUCUGUGUAAAAGCGAUGGUGCACGAAAUUCCCACAGAAUCAUAUCAAAAAAAGGGUAAAGGACUUGAUGGCAUUCUGGAGAGGAUAUUGCAAAAAUUGUCAAAGAUGUCAGAGUUCGAAGUUGACGACAUUUAUACGCAAUCAUCUCCGCCGGUCGUCGAUCAAUAUUGCGAUCCGCAAUAUGAUAACGGUGAAGAGAAUCCAUAUGAUGAUGAUGUUGUUAUGGAUGAUUGUAAUGAUGUGGUUAUGUCAUCAAGUUUAUCUUUGACUCCCCCUGUUUCUAAUUCGGAAGUGAGGGGGGAUAAAUCGUUGUACGCCUCAAUUCAUGCUCCGUUAAAUGCAAAACUUGCAAGAUCCAAAUCGAUGGAUAACUACGGCAAUAGUCAGAAGAAUCUGAAAAUUCAGAAAAAUAGGAUUACAAAUCAAGUACCCACGAGUAGAACACUCGAUGAUAUCAACUUGAGCGAAUACAACUCGAUAAGUGAAUAUACCAGUUGCACAACGCAAACUUCCACGGCACUCGCUGUCUGCAUGGGUCCUGUUUACACUGAUCCACAAAUACCAAAGGCAUUAUUGACGCAAAAAAUAAAUCUUGGACAAAGAGAACUCGUUGAUAAAGUUAUUAGUGAGCUCGAGUCUCUUUUACCAUGCCCAUUCAAGUUUCAUUUUAGAACGUUAUUGGGAGAGAAUUGGACUUAUGUGGUGAGUGAUAUUGAACCAUGGUCAUUAUCCUGUAUGCUCAAGUUCGUCGAACGGUAUUGGAUAUCGGUCUUUAGUGAAGUAUUUGACCAGGCUCAUCAAAUUCAAUCGAUGACAGUCAGACUUCAUUCCUUCGUCGAUCAAUGGCAGGUGAAACAACGAAAAAAUACGAUAAAUCUCACGGUUCAAGAGAUACUCACCUUUCUGCAGAGCGCUGAAGUCGUGCUUCGAAUGGUCUAUAACAAAUUUACCGAAACAAAUUUUCCGGUCGUGACUAUCACCAAUAAUUGGUGGACGGAAUUUAAAAGAACACUUUAG